GUUAAAAGAGUCAGUGGUUCAUCAAAAGAAAAUAUGUUUAAAUAUUUUUUAUUUUUCGUAUUAAUUUCUGUUGCUUUUGCUCAUUUUACAUAUUUGUCCGACGAUGAAGAGUUUGAGCUUUUUAAGAAAAAAUUCGACAGACACUAUUCUUCUCCCCUUGAAGAAAAGUUACGUAAACAAAUAUUCAUCGAUACUUUAAGGGAAAUCAAAGAACACAACGCCAGAUAUGAAAAAGGGUUAGUGUCUUGGUACAAGGGUAUUAACCAGUUUUCUGAUUGGACCGAUGAGGAAUUUGAGAAAAUACAAGGAUUGAAAACUCCUCCACCAAGAGAAUACUACUACUAGAAUGUGAAAAUAUGUAUUUUAAUAUAUAUAUAUAUAUAUAUAUAUAUAUAUAUAUAUAUAUAUAUAUAUAUAUUCACAAAUAUUUGUUUGAAC